GGUCGCAAAUCUUCAACCGCCAAAUCAAAUAAAAUAAAUGCCGCAACCGGCGCUGCUACCGCCACAGCAGCCGCUUCAUCGCCCCGUCAAGCCACAGCGACUGUGACCGCAGCCAAUUCGGCUCUAAGUCCAUCAGCGCAAUCGGCCGCCACUGUUGUGCCGCAUCAAUCGCCCAAUACGAAUACCACCCAGAAUAAUACACUUCUAGGUGCUAAUCAGCAGCAGCAACAACAACAAUUGAAUACGCUGCAGCAACAUCAAUCGCAGCAACAUUUGCAACUUCAGCAACAUAAUCAACAACACGUGCAGCAGGUGCAGUCAGGCCAACAAUUACAACAGCAACAUCAGCAGCAGCAACAACAACAGCAUCAUCAACAACAGCUGACGCAGCAACAGCAACAACAGCACCAACACCAGCAACAGCAGCAGCAGCAGCAACAUCAACUGCAACAACAUCAAAUCACCGCACAAAUACAAACCAUGAAAGAUCAACCGCAACAACCAAUGGCACCAAUGGCCUUCUACCCCACAUGGCAGGCUGACCCCUCACAGGGUUGGCAGAACCAGUUUAUCCAGCAAAUCCCGCAGAAUACACCACCCAUUACGUCGCUUAACUCGCUGGAUUUCCAAACGCAAUCAUAUGCUUACCCAUCAAAUGGAUAUGUGCAGACCGGCCUCGGAUUCGAUCCGAAUUAUGGACGUUCUCCAUAUGGUGCUCCGGUACAACGUUACGAUUUCCAGAGUCAACAAUUGUCGACUGCGCCCAUCAAUCAAGUGGGUCUUCAGGGUGUUGGUUUCAGUCCGGCCGCCGUUACAUAUGCCGGUCAAGUAUCGACAGCUCCAGCUCCGCCUGCAGUGGGAUUGCAACAGCAACAACACUUGGGCGUGUCUGGUGAUUUGAAUAAAACGAUGUCGGGAAACGACACGCCUGGAUAUCCGCGAGUGAGCAGCGUGCCGCCGCGCUCACUCAAUUGUAACGGGUAUUCAGGCGACUAUAGCGGCUCAAGUCAGCAGCAAGCGACUGCAUCGAACAGCAGUUCAACUACGGUGGCAGGUUCUACUCUUGCCGGCAGCAACUCGAACACCACCCCACUCAAUGGUGGUCAAACUACAGCAGCUCCGUCAUCAGCUCCAACCGAUGCAUCACCGAUGCAACCGCCUAGCGUUUCAACUGUACCACAAUCACCCACUCGUAGUCUGAUGCAGCAACAACAACAGCAGCAACAACAGCAACAGCAACAACAACCCCGCCAUGUAUCCCAAUCACCAAACCAUAUUCCUCAAUCACCCAACGGCAAUAUGCCAUCGACUCAACAGACCUAUGGCACCAACAUUCCACCCUCGCCACAUCACAAUUCCAUGCAACAGCAACAACAUCAGUCGCAGAAUCACAUUGCAUCGCCACCGCAAUCGCAGCAGCAACAACAGAUGCAACAGGACUGGAGUUGGAGCAGCCAGCCACAGCAGACAUCUGCGGUCAGUGCUGCAAACGAUCCGUACCAGCAGGGUGAACGCGUGAAUCUCAAUACGCGAAUUAAGUCAAUGAUACUUCGCAAGAAUGAUCCCAAAGAUCCACUCGCGAAUGCGCCCAGCGAUCUACAUAUGUCAAGCAAUCCAGGUACUCUUGGCUCCAGCCCUAAUGCGCUGGGGGCAUCGCAACAACCACAGACCGGUCAUUUUUUAUCGUUUAGCCACCAUCUCCGCGGCGAUUCAGUAAUGAACGCCAAUGGUACGACUGGUUCUAACGUGUCCGCUACACAAUCUUCACAGCAGCAACAACAGCAAAUGCAGGGCAUUCAAACGUCCAAUAGUGGGGGUCUGACGUCCGGACAUAGUACAUUAGCACCGGAACCAAUAGGAGGUGGUGGCGAUCAAAUAUGGAAGCCACACCAUACAAACUCGUUCAAGAAACCAGUGGCAAGUAGUUUCCCAAUACCCGAACACCACCAUCAACAACAGCAUACUACAAUUAGUCACGGUGGGCACACCACCAUUGCACACACUGAAGCCCAACCGAAAAAAUCUAGCCGUAAAAGUAAAAGUCGAGCAGCAGCAGCGGAAGCAGCUGAUCUUGAUAAGAAUAGCAACGAUCCUGGUGGUGGAUUGCAUGGUCCACUACAUGGUUCACAUAGUAUAAAAUCAUUGGAUAAGACUGGUUAUCCUUCCUCACAUGGCUAUCCACCGCCGCAGCAUCCCGAUUACCAUACCCCCUACAUCAAAACUGAGCCCGGUCUCUUGCCCGCCCAACACACCAAAAUGGAGGGAUAUGAACGCAACUAUCAGAAUUUUAUACAAUAUGCGGAUUUUUGCCAAAAUGAGGUACAAGGCAUGUCAUCACAACAGCAACACCAUCAAAAUCAGCAAGAUUAUGCGAGUUAUCACAACUCUCCUUACUACGGCAGCUCCAGCUCAUUCCAGCAGAGUUACCAACAAAACUUCGUGCCAGGCUAUCAGCAUUCAUCUGCAGGCAUGGGCUAUGGCAGUACGCACGGCAUGCAUCCGCAUCAUUCAAGUUCAUUAGGUCAUUCUAGCCACCUGAAAGCGUCUAAUGGCCCUUUAAUGAAAUCCAGUAAUAGUGCCGGGUUGCAUCAUCACAACAAUCAUUUGAUGGAUAUUGACCGAAAACCAGAUACCAAUAGCAUUAUACCGUUACCCACUAACUACGAGAAAGACAUCCCAGCACAUGCCUAUCCAAUACCACCUCAUCGGUAUCCUUUAGGGCCAGGCCCGUCACAUUUGGGUCACAACAUGAUUGAGCCUAAAAUUGAAGAUAUGAGUGCACUAUCUCAUAACUCCGGGUAUCCAUUUUUAGGCGAGGGUGGUCCAGCGACCAUUAAAAAUAGCAGUGGCUUUUCAUGUUGUCGUCAAGGCAGCACACGUACGCCCACCGCCGAGCACCUCAAGGAAGGUACUUGCAUAGGCAUACAGACCAAAGACGAAAUUAUGGAGGAGGCAAUAGAGGAGCCAGAAAUAAACAACGUUGUGAAACCUAAAAAGAAGGGGGGGACAAAGCAAGAAGAAAAUGAAAUUGUAGUUAAACACGAAAAAAUCAAUCCUUUGUUUGACACCUCCGACAGGCUAGAAAAAGGCAAUAAGACGGAGAUACCAGAGUGUGAGUGCUUUCAUUCCGACAAAAAUCCGCCCGAACCUGGAACAUACUAUACCCAUCUCGGUACUGCUUCAACUUUGGCCGACUUGCGUAGAGAAUUCGAAGAACGUUGUCAAAUAUCUGGUCGGCAGCUGCGUAUAGAGAAAAUCAUUUACACGGGCAAAGAAGGUAAAACCACGCAAGGUUGCCCGCUUGCUAAAUGGGUUAUCAGACGUGCCGAUCCAGAAGAAAAAAUUUUGGUUGUUGUAAAAAAGCGGCCUGGGCACAGGUGCGUCGCAGCUUUCAUAAUAGUUUGUAUGGUGGCUUGGGAUGGUAUGCCGCGCCUUGAGGCGGAUAAUGCAUAUAAAAAUUUAAUACCAAAGCUCAAUAAAUUCGGACUUCCAACAACUCGCCGUUGUGCCACAAAUGAAAGCCGCACUUGCGCGUGUCAAGGCCUUGAUCCUGAAACUUCCGCUGCCUCCUAUAGUUUUGGCUGUUCUUGGUCCAUGUAUUAUAAUGGAUGUAAGUAUGCGCGCUCAAAGACAGUGCGUAAGUUCAGGCUCUCCGUUAAAAGUGAGGAAUCCGCCAUCGAGGACCAUAUGAACCUAUUAGCCACAGUGCUGGCGCCCCUCUUCAAGCAAGUAUGCCCUCGAUCGUAUGACAAUCAAACCAAGUACGAGAAGGAAGCAACAGACUGCCGUCUCGGACUAGAAACUGGAAGACCUUUCUCAGGUGUUACCGCUUGCCUCGACUUUUGUGCCCAUGCUCAUAGAGAUUUGCAUAACAUGCAAGACGGUUGUACGGUACAGGUGGCUCUACUGAAGCCAUCGAACCGUGACGGCCGACCGCCUGACGAUGAGCAACUGCAUGUCCUACCCCUCUAUACCAUGGACACAACGGACGAGUUUGAAAGCAUGGAAGGCCAACGUGAGAAACAUCGCACCGGUGCGGUACAAGUAUUGGACAAAUUCCCCUGCGAAGUACGUGUUCGUUCUACACCGCUCAUACCUUGCCGGCGUCAUGGAAAGAAGCGCAAAGAAGACGAAAAUGUCGCACCAGAAGCAGAGGCCACCGCUUCUACUACCGCCACUACGCCCACGACACCAACGCCUGCUGCUACAACGCAGUCACCAAUCAACUCCGCUAAUGCCAGCAAUGCCAAUAGUCAAGCCAACAACGCCGGUAACAACAACCCUACGGUUUCAAUCAAUGGCAAGAAAGAAAAUGGAAGCAACAGUAAGUCUAAGUCCAAAUCGAAAUCGGCCGCAGCCGGUAAUACCGCCGCCACGACGCCAUUAUCAGCACCUCCAUCGACCCCUUCACCACGGUGUCAAACUCCAGUGACCAACAAUCCCAGUCCUGCUGGAAGCGCUUUCACUACGCCGCCAGUGAAUAACGCCAACAAUCCUCAUAUUAACACCGCUGUAAACAAUCCGGCCGGAGGUAACCCACCCAAUCAACUUAUGUCGUCCAAUUCCAGUCUAAUGAAUAUGGCGACUAUGAUUGAUACCUUCACAGAUGCCCAAUUGCAAUCCAAUCAGAUCUCAAGUACAGUGCUCGAUUCGCCCUACUCAUACGACUACCAGACUGGUUCCUAUAUAGAUUCACGAAACUACUACGGAAACUGGCCACCACCGCAUGCAACGCACACUACACAUGCCGUUGGUAUGGGCUCGGCACCAGGUGCUACGGCCGCACCAAUGGCACCUCCGCAAGGCAACGUUCACCAUACCACUACCGCACCACAAACACCUCACCAUGACACGAACACCACUUAUGGAAACAGCUACAAUAACUUACCGACAGCUGGCAGUCAACAAUUAACGCAAGUGCAUGAUGUACGUGGGGAGGUAAAGAGCCGUGGCAGUGAAGAGAACCCCGACUCCACCACUAUAGUUAAUAAUACUUUAAUUGAAAGUAAGUUAACCACACUCACUCCAUUGACACCAAUGACUAAUCUAACUCAACAACACCAUCAUCCUCACCAUCACGCUGCGCCCAUUGAAGAAGGUUUUGUCAAACCAAAACCACCGGCAGACUAUCAGUACACUCAGUACCCGAGUAACUAUCAAAUGUAUCCGCCACCACAUUCGGCCUAUUCGGCGUACGACGCUUACCAGAAUAUGAACUACAACUAUGGCUAUCAUCAAGCAUACUCACCUUAUAGCAUGUAUCCACAGCAGACGCCGCCGCCCACACCACCGCCGCCAUCGCCAAACUGGAACAUGUACGGCCAUCAUCAAAGUACCGCUUCCCCGACUGCAUACGCUACAACAGUACUGCCGCCAAAUGGUGGAUCCCAUCAACACUCGUCGUUAGCAACCGCUACACAACAGGCGCAAACGCAAAUGCCCCCGUCUAACGGCAAUCUGAAGCCCACACUUCCGACACCAGUAGCGCAACCCACCCCACUAGCGGACCCCCAACAAAUGCAAGUGCAAGCACAAACACUUCUACAAGCACAAACUCAUAUACCAGUGGUGCCACCACAAACUUUGCUCCCUGAUCUCAAUAAUACCAACGCUCAAUCUACACCAAUAAGCACCGAGCUUACAAACUCAACCCCUACGACUGCUAUCAACGUAACUUCGCCAAAUGCAGCAAACCCAACAGUUGCAACGCCAAUAUCAGCCAUUAACAAUGAUAGCAGCAACAACAGUACUAGUAACAGUAAUGAUAAUAGCAAUCCAGCAACAGCGACUGCAUCCACGACUGAAAACGGGGCAAGUACGGGAACCAGCACCAACACAACGACAACAACUACUACAACUACUUCCACGGCUGUAGCGACCACUUCUAACCCGAACAAAUUGGAACCAAUUGGGGAAGUGACUGAAAUUAAUGACAAUUACGAAGCAUUCGCUGAUCCGCAAAUGGGUGGUGUGGCCAUAGCACUCAAUCAUGGUAGUGUAUUAAUCGAGUGCGCCAAGCAUGAACUACAUGCGACAACUGCACUGCGCAAUCCCAAUCGGCAUGAACCGACGCGCAUGACUCUUAUAUUUUACCAGCAUCGUAAUCUUAAUCGAGCGCGGCAUGGUAUCGAUGAGUGGGAAGAAAAGAUGCGUGUGAAAAAGAUCAAUACGGACCUCGAUAACAAAGCCAAAGAAGAACGCGAAAAGUUGAAGAAGGAACGGGAAGGUGGUGGCGAAGAAGAUGACGACGGCGGCGAAGGAGCGCUUCCCAAUGGCACAGCACAAAGUACCGGCAACAGCGGCAAGAAGGAUGGUACCCACCCAAACAAUGGCAAUGGUAAUAGCAAUGGUUCUGCAGCAUCCUCGGAGACAACUACGACGACGGCAAUAUCGGUGACAACAGCAACUACGAAGAACGGCGGAAGUGGCGGCUCUGCUGGCAAAAAGAAAAAGGAUUCGGGUAAGAAGAAUGCAAACUCAAAUGCAAAUGUGAACGAAAUUGCUAAUGAGAAUUCUGCUUCUUCCGUUGAGCAGGCAAAAAACGAGAAAGUUGCACUCCACGCGCCAACACUAACAACAACCUCUUGGACGACCCAAUUCCCUAUGCAUCCGUGUGUGGUUACGGGACCUUACCAGGAGGGCAACACUAGUCCGACAUCAGCAGCAGCACAGCAGCAGGAAUCGCAGCCCCACCAACAACAACAACAACAUCAUCAGCAGCAGCAAAUGCAUAUGCAACAACAACAGGAAAUGCCAGCUUAAGUUCAUAGCUUGCUUGUGUGAGUCCGCCAAGUGGAGAGUGCAAUGGUCAGAGAUGCUGCUCAAAAUAUGUGUUUCGAGCAUUUCUCAGCUAUUUUCGAUUUUUUAGGCUUGAGGGAUGCACAGCUCUGCCGAAUAUUGGCGUAGUAAAUAUUUAACACGUUGAGUGCCAUAUUUUUUUUUUUUGGAGGGUUUGAAAGUUACUAGGAAAACAGAUGUAAUGAAACCAAAAGAAACAUUCUUUAACGGAGGUAAUUUUAAUAAAGCCAAGAUCACAACACUAAAGCGCCGUAGCCAUUUUGAAUUUGAUAAGUUCAUACAUAUGUGCUUACGUGUACACGCAUUUAUUAUUUAAUACUUUUGCAUGCGCUCGUAUGAGGAUCCAGAAGGAGAGCUUAAGAUAACAGAAGAAAACAGAACUAAAUUUUCAAACACAUCAAACAAUUUAAAUUUGCAAUCAAUAUUCACUCAUACACAAACCGAACUAAUUGAUUUCUAAUUCAUGCAAGCAACUAGCUAAACUAUUUUUAUAUUUUAUUUAUAAAGACUUGUAACUUUUAAUACAUGAAUUCAGAAAUCUUAUCUUUAAUCCACUGAAAAUUAAUAUAUAUAUUUUUAAUAAUAGUUGAAUAUUAAAGUUUUAGACUUCGCAACUUAAAUCAAUAUUAACAUUUAUUUGCGCAGACUAGAAGCUGAAAGGCAAGCAACAAGUUUGUGCAUAUAUUUGGUAUGAAAAAUUUUACACUUUUGGUUAUUUUUGCCAUCAUGUAAAAUAGUUAAAAGAAAACGUAAUGAUUCAGAUUUAAGUUGACACCUUACAAAACUACUAUUAAGAGAAAUUGAAUACUCUAUAAAUACUACAGUACUAAACUAUUCAGAUAACCACUAUAGGUACGUAUUAAAGCAACAAUAACAAACUACCAUAGCUAUUCGCAUUGAGUUAUUUUUGAACAUAUUUCCUUAAUCAAAAAAUCAAUAAAGACUACAAAUGAAGCAAAAACCACAAAGGUUAAACAAUUUGAUUGCGCAUGCAUACUUAGUUGCAAAUAAAAUAAUUUUUUAUGAAAAACACACAUUUGAAAUAUAAUGCUUAAAUCAAAUUUAAGUCAACAAAUCAACAGUUAAUAUUAAAAAGAAAAAAAUUACUGUUAGAAAAAGAACAUUGCCAAAAGUACAAAGAAAAUAAAACCGUUUUUAAUAAAAAUAUUAAGCAAAACAAAAUUUCACUACUCGAGUACAUACAUACAAACAUACGGAAAGCUUAAAUAGUUCAUAAAAAAUAAUUUUUAUUAAAAAUAGAAAUACACAUAAAACUACAGCACAGAAGCAAGCGAAGGCAACUAAAAAAGUAAAAAGUAAAAACAAGUAGUAAAGUAAAAUAUAAAAGACAAUUAUUUGAGCAGCGAAACCGCAGAUGAAAGCAGUUUAAGUACAUAAAUUUCAAUAUCAAAACAUUUGAAUAAAAAUGUACAGAAGCACUUUGUCAGCUGCAAAUUCAACUACUUCCUAAACUUCAACUACACCUACAUACAUACAAGUAGAUCGGGUUUAAUUGGUUACAAUAAAUUCAUAAAAUAAUUUUCAUUCAAAAUUAACCUCACCUCAAAUUCGAUUUCAUUAUCCCAAAUAUUAAAAAAUAUUUCGUGUUAGCAAUAAACUUAGGAGUAUACACCCAUGCGUACAUAUUUCAAGCGCUAUUUUUAUUGAGAAAAGUACAUCCCAGGGUUUAUUGUUCAAACAAACUCCACUUCAAACUCAAGGAACUGCAGCUACUUUUUUUUUGUAUUCACAAAUGUAAUUAAAUGUCUACCUGCAUGAGCUUCUAGCAAUAAUGAAAUUCAAAUGUAAGUCGAACGUACAUCCAUACAGCCUUGAAAGUUAGUUUUCCGGCAACUAUGAAAGCAUUUUUUCAUCUAAAAUUUUUAAGUUGUAUUUUCUUUAGAUUUUUCUUGGUUUUUUAUAGACUUAAAUAAUUGCACUACUUAAGUAUUUAAAUCGCUUGCUCAUAAAGAGAUGAAAACUCAAAAUUUUAAAAACGCCCCGCACAAGUCCAUACAAAUUUACAGACAUAUACCCUAUGAUCAGAAGGUAUCGAAAAUGCUUAGAUAAAACAAAACAGAGUUAAAUUUCAGGCAAUUUAAUUUUAUCUCCUUCAAAAUAUGGCCCGUCUGAAGCAACACACAUGUGCCAACGUUUGAGCCAGUCCUCCAUGCACCCCUGGUAGGUCGACGAAGGGAUGGCCUUCAGCUCCUUCGUCGCAUUCUCCUCUUCUCUAUCGACUGAAAUCUGAAAUCUUUCAACUUGGCAAACAAAAAGAAGUCGUACGGGGCCAUAUCAGGUGAAUACGGUGAUUGUGCGAUGGUAUUUACUUGGUGUUUGGUCAAAUAAUCCAGCACAAUCUGGGCUCGGUGCGAUGGCGCGUUAUCAUCGUGCAAAAUCGAAGAAUUGUUUGCCCACAUUUCCGGCCGUUUCCGACGUAAGGCCUGAAAUGCUUCAAAACGGAUAAAUAAUAUUCUUUAUUGACCGUCUGGCCCGAUGGAAGGUACUCAUGGUCCACUACGCCUUCGAUUCGUUUAAAUUAAACAUUCCCGGUACUUUCUGAUCAUAAGGUAUACAUAUCUGAUUGGCGCCUACACCUUUUUUGGGUGUUUGGCCGAGCUCCUCCUCCUAUUUGUGGUGUGCGUCUUGAUGUUGUUCCACAAAUGGAGGGAACUACAGUUUUAAGCCGAUUCCGAAAGGCAGAUAUUUUUUAUGAGGAGCCUUUUCAUGGCAGGAAUACACUUGGAGGCUUGCCAGCCGAGGGGCAACCGCUAUUAGAAAAAACUUUUUCUUCAUUUCACGGAUAUUCAAAACUUCGUCUUCCUAGUGGCAGUCACGGCCGCCUAGUACACACAUAUACAUAAGCAUUUCUGUACAGCAAAUAGUGGACAUCCUCAUCGCGCUGAGCUUUUCACCGCCAUCUGAAAAGCAGGGAUUAUUUUUUUUUUUUAUUUCCUGUAUCACAGUGCUUCAAAGUUAGUCACUUCCCGUCUUUAAGUAAAAGUUGAACACAAACGCAUUUAAUACACAUUUCAACCCUUGCCAAAUACAUAUGAUGUACAAGAAAUCAAAUAGCGUCUCUUUUCUCUUUCCUUUCUAAAUGUUGCAUUUUUUCUGGCCUGCGACAGGUCUGUCUAAUUUUGGUGCUCUUUUAUCUGCAUGUUCAUAGCGUCGCUUAUUGUUUUCUCAAAGUGUGGCACUCCAACCAGGCAAAUAUGCAACAUUUCCUACCUUAAGGCUAGUAUAUACUAACUACACAGCCAUGAAAUUCCGGCAGCAACAUUGAUUGUCAAAUUAAUAGGAAUCGCCCCAGAAGUAAUUGGCAAACUUUAGUGAGGAAAGUGAUUUUAAACAGAUUAACGCACAUAUAUUUUGACACAAAAAAAUAUGAAGAAGAUUUACUUAUACCCUUUGCCAUUUUCACUUAAAAAUCCCAUGUCUUCGGAGUAUUUGAACUCAGGCAUUUCACUCGCAAACGAAUUUUUAAAAUAUUUUCAGUUUUUUUCAAUUUUAAAUGGGUGGGGAAAAUUGUUGCUGCAUGUUGCGUGGAUUUUUCAUGGCGUGCACUGAGUGCCACUUUGCUGUGAGUUACAUACGAAAUUUUACGUACGUAACACGAGAACUUAGUGCUAGGCUUUACACAAAAAUUGAGGGUGAGCGUUGCCCAGCUGACUUGAAUUUAUCUGUGCACACAAAUUUGUCAAAAUAACUCUGCGAAAAUUCGAAUUAUUGCAAUGGUUAAAAAUGGAAGUAAACCAUUUUGUCUUAUUAUGUUUAAUAUAUAUCGCACUUGUUACGUUAAAGCGUAACAACUCAAAAUCUGAACAUUUUCAGUAGAGACGAAAAACUGUUUCCGUAAAUAUUAAUAAUAUAGGUAUUACAAGGGAAAAAAUAUGUAAUUGCACGAAAAUAUCAUUAAAAACAAUAUAACGGUUGUUUCAUUCUUAUUUGUUUAGUAGUUGCGCUAAAAUAACAAAUUUUUGAGUGGUUACUCUUUUCCUUUUCUUUUUGAGUUGUUACACUUUAACGUAGCAAGUGCGAUAUGUACACAUAUAUUUUGUUAAAUUCAAUAUGUAAUUUGUGCAAAGCUUGCAUUUCUCUUGUUCUUUUCUUAUAAACAACAUGCAACAUUUUCGCAGUGCUGCCGUAUAACGAGGCGAGAUUUUUUUUGGAGAAUAAAAACACUAUAGAAGGUUUGUAAAAAUAUGUAAAAAAAUAUUAUUAAACGAAAAAUUACGCGUGCAUAGAAAUUUAUGUAGAAAGCAUUUAUUUUCACACUGCAAAAAUGUGUAGUGCAAGAAAUUUGGAGAAGCGUAAAUACAUACAUAUGUACAUACAUACAUACUUACAUGCAUAGCUAGUUUGUAGACAGCGAAAGACAUCAAAAGAAUGAGAAUGAAAAACAUAUUUUAAAUAAGAGAAAAAAACAUUUAUAAAAAUAAAUUAUCAGAUACAAAAAGGUGCGUAUUUUGCGCAAGAUUUGAAAGUAAAAUUAAAAUUUAGCCAUACUGAUAAAACUGAAAUGGUUGCAGUAGUGAUUAAUAACAAAAGAACAAAAAACGACAAAAAAAUACAACUGAAAGUCAACACUAAAUAAAUGGAAGACAAAACAAAACAUGGAAAUGUUUAAAUAAAAAAAUAGUAUUUAUUGUGUAAUGAGAAGGAUUAGACUUAAAUGCAUACAAAAGGAGUUUAAUCAGAGAGGACGGAAAAGUUAAAAACAAAACGGCAUACACUUUCUCACAAACUUUAUUUCAUCUUCAUUUAGUUUAUCGUUUUAAUUACGAGUGUAAUGUGCAUACAUAUUUAAAAAAAAAUCUAAGUAUUCUGCCUAGUUUUAAGCAAAGCAAAACAAACAUAAGACAUUUUGAGAAAAUUAAAAAUUAAUCAAGUUAAAAGGGAAAUUAAUUAAUAAAGAUAAUAUUAUAUAAUAAAUAUAAUGAUGAUUAGACUAAACCUAUGAAUAUUUUAUUGAAUGAUAUACGCACACAACAUAUAAAAUAUAUAUUUAUUUAUGUACGUAAAACAAAAGAAAACGAGAAAUGGCAAAGGAAGACCGAUUAACAAAUACAUAUAUAAUAAUAAGACACUAGCGUAUAGAUAUUUAGCAGGAACGGAAGGAAAUUGAAGUUUGGUUUUCGUCUCAGUGAAAGUACGUUAAGCGGCGAAGUUGAAAGUAAAUAUAAAAAACUUAAACAAAAAACACAUUAAACAUAGAAUGGAGCGCUAAUAAACGCAGGAUAAACACAGAAAAGUAUAUUAUACAAAAUAUUUAAAAUAAAAUCUAAAAACUAUAAUAGAAUUGGACGUAAAAUUGAAAAAAUGACUCGAAACCAGCAAAGUAUUAAGUACGUAAUGAAACAUAUGUAAAUUGUAUGAGUAUACACUUGAAUUGGUUAUUAAUUGCAAGGCCAAGCUCACAAAUAAAAAUUAUCAAAUCAAAAAUUAAGUCUAAAUGAGUAAAUAAAUAAAAUGCAAACAUAAAUACAUAUGUACAUAAGUACAUAAGUAGACAGAGUAUGUAUCUAAGAAGCCAACAAGUAAAAGUAUAAUGAAGAAAUGAAAAUACAGUAAUUUACAUAAAAGCACAUAAGUCAACAAAAUAAGUAACGACAACACAAACAUAAAAGCCAUGUAUUUAAUAUAUUCAUUUAUACGAUGCAUAACGUACAAUAUUAGCGAGCAUAUACAUACAUACAUAUUUUGUGCAUACAAAUUAAUAAAUUGAUUUCAUUAAUUAAGAAAUAAAGUAAAAGCAAAUCUUACAAACUGAACUUCAUAUACACGUGUACAUAUGUACUUAUGCAUAGGCAUGACUUACAUACAUAACUACAUCAAUCAACUACACAUACAUAAAAACAUCCCUCCAUGCAAUGUGUUUGUUGCUGCAGCCACACAUCUUUGCAUUUCCUCUUGUCAUUGCAAAAAUGCCAUUGGUGCAGGUUCGAAUAGGCAGCCAUACAUACAUAAACAUACAUACACACUGCAUAGCAUUCAAGACUUUUUAUUGUAUGUACGCUGAAUAAGAAGCAACAAAAAGAAAACAAACAAAAUCAAAAUAGUUUUACUGACUUAUUAAAAUUACUAAAUAAAAACUUAUUAUUUAUGACAUUUUUAUUUUCUUAAUUCUUUCUUUUUUCUACAACCUUUUUCAUAAA